AUGAGCAACACUAAGGAUGCCAGCGACACCAACGUCGCCACGAACACUAAGGCCACAGCCACCUCAGCUGUGAGUUUAAACCUUACAUCUAUAUACUGUACAUUAGUUAUUCUAUACACAAGUUCUAUACACACAUUAUGAGACAUUUAUUGAUGUAUAGUUUGUUUUAUUGAUGUAUAGUUCGUGUUUUUUACUUAUUAGUCAGGUAAUGCUUAUAUCCGUGGUUCUGUGGUUUCCAUGGCGCCAUGAGGUUGCCAAAUACCAUUGUGUAUACUAUGGUAGGAAUACUAUAGUAUUCACUGUAACGUUUUUGCGGACUUUACUGUAGGAUUCACUGUAGUGUUUUAGCGGACUGAAGUCCGCCAAAAAAUGUCAGUGAAUACUGUAGUAUUUACUGUAUAAAUACUGUCGUAAAUAAAAAUGGUAGUAUAUACUAUAGUAAUUACUGUAGUGUUUUGGGGUACAUUAAUGUAGUAUUUAAUAAAGUGUUUUUGUUUUAUUAUCUUUAACAUAGAAGUGGGAGGAUUUCUCCUUGAGGAAGCUUAGUGGAGGAAUACUAAAAGAGCAAAUGUUCCAUAACUUGUAGGUAGGUAGGUAGGUAUGUAGGUAGGUAGGUAGGACUGGGUUCUGAACGGAGAGUUCAGGGCUUCUGCUCUUUUCUAUAACUACAGGGAACACAAUAUAUGGUCUAUACUUGACAUGUAGGUUUCUCACUUACGGGUGGCACAUACUGGGAUGUGGAGGAUGGGUUUAGGCAGGGUAUAUGGAAAUUAAAUACUGUACUAUUUACUAUAGUUAAACAAAUGUAGUGUUUUUGCUGACAUUUCUGUAGUAUUUACUACAGUGUUUUUUUGUGGAUAAUAAUGUAGUAUUUACUAUAGGAUUCUACAGUAUACUACAAAAUUCUAUACUAAGUACUACACAUGAUCGAGGGAUACUACAGUAGUAUUUCUUUAUGUGGGAUAUAUCAUCAAAUAAUAUCCCGAUAUGUAAUUGUAUCUGUAAAUAUUGUACAUAUAAUUUUUUUAAAGUGUUUCUUGUUACAUUUAAAAACAAUGUACAAAUGUUUUGGUUUUAUAUAACCUGUUGUGAGUUGAGCUAAAAUAUCUGGUGGUGACCUAUGUAGUUGCAGAACUGAUGAUGGCAAGUUUACUUGGAGAACUGACGAUGGCAAGUUUACUUGGAGAACUGACGAAGGCAAGUUUACUUGGCUUGGUUAGCUAUGGCUUGGUUAGCUAUAGCUAGCUAGCUGGCAUGUCUAAUUUGAAUGAUGCAUCAACACAGCAUCGGCUUUUUGUUCCACCUGCCCUGGUUUCUGGAAGGAUGUGGACUGUGGUGUGAGGCGAUGACAGAGGCUCGCCUCGUAGAAGACUGUUCCUGAUUACGAGGCCAAAGUGUGGUGGUCUCUCAGGUGAAGCUGUCGAAGCAUCACCCAGGUCGGUGCUAUACAUUCGGUGGUGGAUGUUCCAGCCUACCUACAGAGAAGGAGUAGCUGUGAACUUCAGAGAGAGAUGCCUGAUGGAGAGCUCCGGGCCUGCCUGUCUGUCGUUUCUCCUUCCCUGGCUGUACCAUCAACGCCACCUCCACUCAAGCUACUCCUUUACUGAACUGCAUCAUCAUCUAGCUGUGAAAGACCAUCUCCCAUGAACUGCCAGCCCCCUGAAUUUGUUUUUGUUUGUUUUUUAAAGAGACUUUGAGAUUCUGUAUGAAAGCGCUAUAUAAAAAACAUAUAUUAUUAUUAUUAUUAUUAUUAUUAUUAUUAUAUUGCACCAGAGGAAGCUGUAAAGCCAAUUUAAAACUCUGUUACAAAUUAAUUGAAAACAAAACCAACCGCCACCCUUAGUUGCCACAUUUGACUUUUCGACUCUUGCAGCGUUUUUUUGUGGCGGUUUGUUGGGACUGUUUUGCUGUAGGGCUGGGAAUUGCUAGGGACCUCAAGAUAUGAUAUUAUCACGAUACUUAGGUGCUGAUACGAUAUGUAUCGCGAUUUGAUACUGUGAUUUUAUUGCGAUUCGAUGUUCCAAGCAUAUUGCUCACUGCAUGUCUGCUGCAGAGGGACAAGAGAGAGCCAUGAGAAAAGGAGUAUUGAGAAGUCAUGGAAAUAAAAGUGCUGAAAACAAAAUGGCUCCCUAUUUCAAAAUAAGAUGGAGAACAAGCUAUGAAGGAAAAAUACUGGAGUUUUGGUGCAGUUUAGCCAACUAGCGCAAAAAUUAUAUUUUGAUAUUGUCAAAACGAUACGAUACGAUAUAUCAUCAAAAAAAAUUAUCCUGAUAUGUAACUGUUUAGACUUUUUUUCCCCCCAUCACUAUUCAGUGUCGAAAGACCCCUGCUGUCUCGUGACCCCAGCGAGUAGAAGUGGUUGAACUGACGUCACUACAACCAUUAUGACAUCAUUUCAACCAGUUCGUCCAGUUUUGCCUGCUGGGACAUGGGCUAAACCCCCGCUAGCUAAGACCCAUGAAGUGUUCCAUGUUUUGACACCUUUGGCUAGUUCCUCUCAGACAUGGUUGAUAUGUGAUGGGACGAUGCCCACACGCCAGCAUUCCUGCCUAGAUUUACAUAUUAAUACCAGCUUUGACCCUAAUGCUCAUAUUGGGUGGUGGGAAGGAGUGUUUGUGGGAGGGCGGUUAAGGUGGUGGUGAUGGUGCUAGCAUGACUGCAAGUAUGUGUUUGUGUGUGUGUUUGUCUGAUGAAAGCAAUUUCCUUCUCCUUUUGUCCGUUUUGAUCUUUGAGGCCUGGUUGCUCUCGGUCAAACAAUAGACUUUAAUCGGAAUAAUUGCAGCCCAGAGAAACACCUGUCGUUACCAUAGCAACUGGACUGACCAUACGCACCUGUCAAUCACAGAUGGGGUUGGUGAAGCAUUACCACUUACUGACCUCUAGAAGGGUGCAACAAUAGAGUUGAACUGUUAAAGGCUGUGUGAAAUACAAUGAGUCAUGUAUUUAUUCAGUCAACAGUAACCUCGAUGCAUAUUGAUUCUAUGGCCAGCAGAGUACCUCACUAUUUUACAAUGUUUGGAUCUAAUUGCCCAAGUAACCUUUCCCUGUUCUCUUCUUGUCCAGUUGAAGUAUUCUGAAAGCACUCCUUCCAGUCCAUCAAUGUUUUCAGAUCUCCAGAAUUCUGUUGUGAGGAAAAUGUUGGACUAAGACAAAAAUGUUCUAAUGUGUGUCACUAUCUAGGUUUCCAUCCAAUUGGCGUUGUUCAUGCAAAUAUUUUUAAAUCCAUAUAAACAAAAUGUGCAAAUGUUCUUGUGAGGUGUGUGUUUGCAUGAAAGAGAGCCACAGCUUGUUCGUCUCGGCUAUGUGUGUGUGUGUGUGUGUAUGUGUGUCCGUGUGUGUUUGGGUGUGUGCUCUGUAUGUGUAGAACGCCAAGGCGGCGGAAAUCUGUACAGAGACUUUAGUUGGGUCCCAAAUGGCAACCUAUUCCUUAUAUGGGUCAUUCUACAGAAGUGGUGCAAAUUGGGGUUUGUUAAAACAUUUACGUUUGUAUCCUAUUUUCCCCAAACUUUAAGCACAAGUCUUCCAACAUAUUUCAGGUAGACAUACACUACCAGUCAAAAGUUUGGACACACCUACUCAUUCAAGGAUUUUUCAUAAUAUUUACUAUUUUGUACAUUGCAGAAUAAUAGUGAAGAUAUCAAAACUAUGAAAUAACACAUAUGGAAUCAUGUAGUAACCAAAAAAGUGUCAAACAAAUCAAAUAGCCACCCUUUGCCUUGAUGACAGCUUUGUACACUCUUGGCAUUCUCUCAACCAGCUUCAUGAGAUAAUCACCUGGAAUGCAUUUCAAUUAACAGGUGUGCCUUCUUAAAAGUUAAUUUGUGGAAUUUCUUUCCUUCUUAAUGCGUUUGAGCCAAUCAUUUGUGUUAUGACAAGGUAGAGGGGGUAUACAGAAAAUACCCUAUUUGGUAAUAGACCAAGUCCAUAUUAUGGCAAGAACAGCUCAAAUAAGCAAAGACAAAACAACAGUCCAUCAUUACUUUAAGACAUGAAGGUCAGUCAAUACAGAACAUUUCAAGAACUUUGAAAGUUUCUUCAAGUGCAGUCGCAAAAACCAUCAAGCGCUAUGAUGAAACUGGCUCUCAUGAGGACCGCCACGGGAAUGGAAGACCCAGAGUUACCUCUGCUGCAGAGGAUAAGUUCAUUAUAGUUACCAGCCUCAGAAAUUGCAGCCCAAAUAAAUGCUUCACAGAGUUCAAGUAACAGACACAUCUCCUUUGGUCUGAUGAGUCCAAAUUUGAGAUUUUUGGUUCCAACUGCCGUGUCUUUGUGAGACGCGGUGUGGAUGAACGGAUGAUCUCCACAUGUGUAGUUCCCACCGUAAAGCAUGGAGGGGGAGGUGUUAUUGUGUGUGGGUGCUUUGCUGUUGACAUAUUCUGUGAUUUAUUUAGAAUUCAAGGCACAGUUAACCAGCAAGGCUACCACAGCAUUCUGCAGUGAUACGCCAUCCCAUCUGGAUUGGGCUUAGUGGGACUAUCAUUUGUUUUUCAACAGGACAAUGACCCAACACACCUCCAGGCUGUGUAAGGGCUAUUUGACCAAGAAGUAGAGUGAUGGAGUGCUGCAUCAGAUGACCUAGCCUCCACAAUCCCCCGACCUCAACCCAAGUGAGAUGGUUUGGGAUGAGUUGGACCACAGAGUGAAGGAAAAGCAGCCAACUAUUGCUCAGCAUAUGUGGGAACUCCUUCAAGACUGUUGGAAAAGCAUUCCAGGUGAAGCUGGUUGAGAGAAUGCCAAGAGUGUGCAAAGCUGUCAUCAAGGCAAAGGGUGGUUAUUUGAAGAAUCUAAAAUAUAACAUAUAUUUUGAUCUGUUUAACACUUUUUUUGGUUACUACAUGAUUCCAUAUGUGUUAUUUCAUAGUUUUGAUGUUUUCACUAUUAUUCUACAAUGUAGAAAAUAGUAAACAUAAAGAAAAAACCUUGAAUGAGUAUGUGUGUCCAAUCUUUUGACUGGUACUGUACGUACAGUCACUGUGGGGACGAUGUCAUCGAUGCACUAAAUGAUGAAGCCAGUGACUGAUGUGGUGUAAUCCUCAAUGCCAAUGGAAGAAUCCCGGAAAAUAUUCCAAUCUGUGCUAGCAAAACAGUCCUGUAGCUUAGCAUCUGCGUCAUCUGACCACUUCUUUAUUGACCGAGUCACUGGUGCUUCUUACUUUAGUUUUUGCUUGUAAGCAGGAAUCAGGAGGAUAUAAUUAUGGUUAGAUUUGCCAAAUGGAGGGCAAGGGAGAGCUUUCAAAUUUAACAUGCUGGUUGAAAUUAGGUAAAACGGAUGUAAGUUUCCCUGCAUUAAAGUCCCCGGCCACUAGGAGCGCCACCUCUGGAUGAGCAUUUUCCUGUUUGCUUAUGGCCUUAUCCAGCUCAUUGAGUGCGGUCUUAGUGCCAGCAUCGGUUUGUGGUGGUAAAUAGACAGCUAGGAAAAAUAUAGAUGAAAACUCUCUUGGUAAAUAGUGUGGUCUACAGCUUAUCAUGAUACAGUGGGGGAAAAAAGUAUUUAGUCAGCCACCAAUUGUGCAAGUUCUCCCACUUAAAAAGAUGAGAGAGGCCUGUAAUUUUCAUCAUAGGUACACGUCAACUAUGACAGACAAAAUGAGAAAAUAAAUUCCAGAAAAUCACAUUGUAGGAUUUUUAAUGAAUUUAUUGGCAUAUGAUGGUGGAAAAUAAGUAUUUGGUCAAUAACAAAAGUUUCUCAAUACUUUGUUAUAUACCCUUUGUUGGCAAUGACACAGGUCAAACGUUUUCUGUAAGUCUUCACAAGGUUUUCACACACUGUUGCUGGUAUUUUGGCCCAUUCCUCCAUGCAGAUCUCCUCUAGAGCAGUGAUGUUUUGGGGCUGUCACUGGGCAACACAGACUUUCAACUCCCUCCAAAGAUUUUCUAUGGGGUUGAGAUCUGGAGACUGGCUAGGCCACUCCAGGACCGUGAAAUGCUUCUUACGAAGCCACUCCUUCGUUGCCCGGGCGGUGUGUUUGGGAUCAUUGUCAUGCUGAAAGACCCAGCCACGUUUCAUCUUCAAUGCCCUUGCUGAUGGAAGGAGGGUUUCACUCAAAAUCUCACGAUACAUGGCCCCAUUCAUUCUUUCCUUUACACGGAUCAGUCGUCCUGGUCCCUUUGCAGAAAAACAGCCCCAAAGCAUGAUGUUUCCAACCCCAUGCUUCACAGUAGGUAUGGUGUUCUUUGGAUGCAACUCAGCAUUCUUUGUCCUCCAAACAUGACGAGUUGAGUUUUUACCAAAAAGUUAUAUUUUGGUUUCAUCUGACCAUAUGACAUUCUCCCAAUCCUCUUCUGGAUCAUCCAAAUGCACUUCAGACGGGCCUGGACAUGUACUGGCUUAAGCAGGGGGACAUGUCUCGCACUGCAGGAUUUGAGUCCCUGGCGGCGUAGUGUGUUACUGAUGGUUGGCUUUGUUACUUUGGUCCCAGCUCUCUGCAGGUCAUUCACUAGGUCCCCCCGUGUGGUUCUGGGAUUUUUGCUCACCGUUCUUGUGAUCAUUUUGACCCCAUGGGGUGAGAUCUUGCGUGGAGCCCCAGAUCGAGGGAGAUUAUCAGUGGUCUUGUAUGUCUUCCAUUUCCUAAUAAUUGCUCCCACAGUUGAUUUCUUCAAACCAAGCUGCUUACCUAUUGCAGAUUCAGUCUUCCCAGCCUGGUUCAGGUCUACAAUUUUGUUUUUGGUGUCCUUUGACAGCUCUUUGGUCUUGGCCAUAGUGGAGUUUGGAGUGUGACUGUUUGAGGUUAUGGACAGGUGUCUUUUUUACUGAUAACAAGUUGAAACAGGUGCCAUUAAUACAGGUAACGAGUGGAGGACAGAGGAGCCUCUUAAUGAAGAAGUUACAGGUCUGUGAGAGCCAGAAAUCUUGCCUUGUUUGUAGGUGACCAAAUACUUAUUUUCCACCAUAAUUUGCAAAUAAAUUCAUUAAAAAUCCUACAAUGGGAUUUUCUGGAUUUUUUUUCCUCAAUUUGUCUGUCAUAGUUGACGUGUACCUAUGAUUAAAAUUACAGGCCUCUCUCAUCUUUUUAAGUGGUAGAACUUGCACAAUUGGUGGCUGACUAAAUACUUUUUUUCCCCACUGUAUACCUCAGGCGAGCAAAACCUCCUUAAUAUUAGAUUUUGUGCACCAGCUGUUCUUUACAAAUAUACAAAGACCGCCUAGCUGUAUGUUAUCCAUGUCAUCGUUCAGCCACGACAUGGUGAAACAUAAGAUAUUACAGUUUGUAAUGUCCCGGUAGGAUAUUUGUGAUCGUAGCUCAUUUAUUUUGUUAUCCAAUGAUUGUAUGUUGGCUAAUAGGACUGAUGGUAGAGGCAGAUUACCCACUCGCCAUCGGAUCCUUACAAGGCACCCUGACCUACGUCCCUGAUAUCUCCGUCUCUUUCUCCUGCGAAUGACGGGGAUUUGGGCCUUGUCGGGUGUCUGAAGUAAAUCCUUUGCGUCCAAAUCGUUAAAGAAAAAAAUCUUUGUCCAGUACGAGGUGAGUAAUCGCUGUCCUGAUAUCCAGAAGCUCGUUUCGGUCAUAAGAGACAGUGGCAGAAACAUUAUGUACAAAAUAAUCUACAAAUAACGCGACAAAACACACACAAUAGCACAAUUGGUUAGGAGCCCGUAACAUAGAGGGUUUUCAGCUGUUCAGAAAGGACAGAAAUCCUAGCCUCAAUAUGAAAGGACGAGGAGUGGCCAUGUAUGUAGAUGAUAGUCUCCAGGUUAAGAUACAGGCUGACCUUGAAAGAGAUGAGUUUGAUUCAGUUGCGCCCAGAGUGGCUUCCCAGAUCAAUUCCAACAAUUGUUGUUGGAACACUUUACCAUCCUCCAUGGGCUAAUGAGAAUAAACUGCAACAGCAAGCUAUUAACUGUCUCAUUGACACCAUUGACUCUGUGACGUUGAAAUCCCCUGAAGCAGGUAUUGUCUUAUCUGGGGAUUUCAAUCAUCUACCUAUCAAGGCCAUCAUUAACUCCCACCCCGAUCUAAAACAGGUUGUCAAAAAUAAGACCUGUGCAGACUCCAUGAUUGAUCUGAUCAGCACCCCUACUGUGUUGGCCCCGCUGGCCUCAAGUGGCCACCAGUGUCUGCAGCUCACUCCCACCAGUUUUCCUUAGACAUGGGAAGGAAACGCAAUACAGAGUAGGGCGACAGGUGUCUCAAGAGAGAAAGGAGGCCCUAGCCUGGUGUCUGGCCAUCACUGACUGGUAAGCUGUCUACAAUGAGGAGAACAUGGAUGAAAAGUUGGAGAUCUUCAACACCAACAUACAAAUGGCCCUUGAUGUACAGUAUUGCCCAUACAAAAUCAAUAAACAACAGCCCGUGACAAGCCAUGGAUGAUGGAACAACUAAAAGUGGCCAUCAAGAAAAGGCAAAAAAUAUUUGACAGAUGGGGGUAAAGAUAAGCUCAUCCAAGCCCUUAAAAAUAAGAACCCAAAAGAGUGGUGGGACUUCAUCAAUAAAGAGCUUGAUCGUUAAAAAUCAUCUAGAGGGCCGAUACAGAUUGACGAUGUGGAAAAUGACAAUGUUGCUGAGGUCUUGAACAACUUCUUUGCUGAAGCAUGGACAGGAAAUACAUCCUUCACUGUUUUUCCUCUUCCUAGGCCUGUUGGGGAAGGAGAACUAUGCAAUAUUGGACAAAUGAAACAAGCUCUUUCAAGACUCAGUCCAAAGAAAGCAUGUGGUCCAGAUGGUACCCCCCCCCCCCCCCCCCCCCCGGUUACUGAAGGAAUUUUCAGAAGAUCUAGCGCCAGUGGUCACUCACUUAGUUAACACUUCUUAUCAACUGGGCUCUACAGAGUGGAAGACCGCUAACAUCUGCCCCAAUCCUAAGGUCUCCAGUCUUGGACAGAAAAAUUAUUGGAGAUCAAUCUCUCUGACGUCCUGUCUUGGCAAAUUCCAGGAAAGGCUCAUUGCCAAGAAGCUCAUACCAGUUGCUCUUGAAGAAUGCAAAAACCAGCAUGCAUACUUGCCUAAACACAGCACAACAAAUGCGCUGGUCAGAUCCACACACACCUGGCUUACAGAGACAGACUCAAAGCAACCCACAAUGGUCUAGGUUCUGCUGGUGGACAUGUCAAAGGCUUUUGAUCGCGUCGACCAUGCUAAACUUCUCCAGCAUCUGGCCAGUGUGGGUCAGUGUCCAAGGUUACUCACCUUGUUUCACAGCUAUACAACAGGGAGAACACAGAGGGUGAUGGCAAAUGGAAUGUACUGCUCAUGGACAGAGGUAAUAUCUGGGGUCCGAGAGGGUGGGGUCGUCUAACCAAUUCCUGCUUCACAUGUCCACUCUGAGAGUAAUUUCUGAGGAUACACUGGACAAUGGCUAUGCCAACGACAUUGGCCUGUCCCAUUCUUUAAGGCUAGCAAACAUUGAGAAUGGAAGAGGAGGCUAAGCAACUGGAGGAAUGGGCGGCAGAGAACAACAUGCUUCUUAAUGGGAAGAAGUCUGUCGAACUAAGAAUCUGCUUCUCCAAAAAUCCUCCCCAACCAGCUCCACUAAUACUGGGUGGACAGGCUGUUCCAGUUGUAACAAGCACAAAAUACAUUGGCUUCCACUUGGACAACCAACUUAGUGGGAACCAACACAUUGACCAGGCAGUGAAAAAGGCAUCAAGGCGUCUCCACUUCCUGACUGUAAUGGCAAGAAACAGCUUUCCCACUGAUGACCUUGUGGACAUCUACACCACUCUGAUCCUACCAUGCCUGGAGUAUGCCAGUGUGUUGCUUGUGGGCUGCACAAAGAAGCAGCAACCUGCACUGGAUAGGGUACAGAAAAGGGCAAGCAAGAUAAUAACGAAAAACAGAGACAUGCCCAUUGACCCUUCCACCACUUACAUUCACGGAGAGAGCAAGCAGCAGUAAGAUUGGUCACUGACAUGCACCAAUCUGACCACCCUAUACAUGAUCUCCUACCACAGAGAAGGGGAGACAGCACUGGCAGAGUCCUCCACAACCAGAGCCAACUGUUCAGCAUCAAUGCAAGGACAAAUAGACUGAAUAAUGUAACCACUGCCUUCAGACUUUUUAACAACCAAAUUGACUUUUAAACUGUAAUUGGUAAGGAUGUUUUUUAAUUGAAUGUAGUAUCCUGUGUUUUUUAAGCUUUUGUCUAAAUGUAUCUGUGAAUUCUGCAUAAUUCAGUCUUGUGGACUGCAAGCAUGAAUGAAAUAAAUCAAAUCAAAUAUAUGUAUAUGCAAUAAAAUACUUGAAGCAUCAAGCUCUCUCAACUAGUCAGUCACCUGGCAUUUACCAGUGGCUAUGUCUCCCCCUAGUGUUGCCUAUGGUCAUCCACGAUGCCAUGCACUUAGCCCUUUCAAUGACUCCCAAUCAUAUCCUAUAGUUUGCUGUAGUUUAAUCAGCAGUUUAUGACGAUGCUAAUUUCUUGUUAGCAAUUACGCUAUUGUUAUGCCUUUUUUGAAUGUCCUAACAAACAUUGUGUGUAGAUAUAUAUAAAUUGUGUGUAUAUAUAUAAAUAUUCAAUCCAUUUUGAAUUCAGGCUGUAUCACAACAAACUGUGGAAUAAGUUAAGGGGUAUGAAUACUUUCUGAAGGCGCUGUAAAUCCAUUUGACAUGUUUGAAGAUUAAGUAUUGCAAUUAAGGAUUGAAACAUGUUCAGAAAUGAGUGAUUCAGACAGCUUUAUGGGCACAUUCUUACCCGCAAUUGUGUGAAUAAUUUGUCAUAUCUGGCACACAUGGCUCCUUUGGUUGUGUAUUCUACAUCACUAUGAACAUUUUAACAUAUUAUUGGGCAUACUACAAUUAUAUUUCAUACAGGUAUGGUAAUGCAGAGUUAAUCCAAUAAGACGCCAUUGAGUUGUAUCUCCAAAAUCUUUUUAAAACCCUGAUCUAGCUGUGUGUGUGAAAAGCGGUGCCUCUAUCACCAAAGUUGCAAUCCAAAAACAUAGCUGCUGCUACAUUAAACUCUAUGGCUAAGCUUCCAACUUUUUAAUGUCAAUUGCACAAUAUGGGCUAUUUUUAAACAAUAGUUGUAGCUGGUGCUUUCUACGUUGGUUUUAUUAUAUAUAAUUUGAAAGGUAAUUUCAUGACCUUUCAGAACCACUUGUCAAACAAAGAUUAAAACGUAUCAGGGUUUACUUUUUAAACCAAUUUAUACAGGUAAUUCUGAUAUGUACCCUAGAGGUCAAAGGUCAAGGUACUGUUGACCUGAACAUUCCAAAAAUGUGUCUGAUUGAUAGCUGUGUAUCUAAGCUUUCCAAUUAUAUAUGAUUAAAGGGUAUACGUGAGCAAUAACUUGUUGUAUACUGACAUUGUUUGUCAUAGGGCAAUGCACAAAAUACAUCAAAUCUUAUGUAAUUAUGAAUCCGUGACUAUGAUGAAAUCAUCACUAACCUCAAACCCCCAUCGACCACCCACCCUCCCCUUGUAGCCGGUCCAGCCACCGCCCCCUUCUAGGCGGAGUGAAGAUGAUGAUGAUGAAGAGCGGGACCUGAACAAGACCCUGGGGGUGCAGCUCUUCCAGCAGAUCCUCCACCCACCGGCCCGUGGACCCCCAGAGAAACACCGUGCCUACAACGAGGAGGACUUUGAGUGUGAGCCACCAAUGUUUCACUUGUUACCCUUCAUGUCUAUUUAAUCAUUGUUUUAUGUACCAAAGCAAGAGUAUCUGCCGUUACCGUGUACAGCUUGACAUCACAUUCUGGUUGGAAGUAGUAUAGAGUACGGGCCAUCCCUGUCCAUCAAAAAUGUAGCUUUCAUCAGCUUUUGACGCACAUUAAAAGACAGACAAAGCUGCUCAAAAAGGAAGUGUGUCACCAAAUGACUACUUGACCCAACACGGUUUCUCUCUCCUGUCUGCAGACCACCGCCACUCCUCCCACCACAUCCACCACCCGCUGUCCAAACUACCCCCGGAAAGGAGGAAGAAGAAGAGCAAGAAGAAGAGUCCUACAGCCGGGUGGAGGAGUGGAUCCGGGGCUGGCGGAGCAUGCACCAUAGAGAAGGACGAGGAAGAAGAGGAGGAAGAUGAAGAGUCCUACAGCCAGAACAAUGGAGAGGGGGGGCUGACCACCACACCCACACCUGAUACAGACACGGACACACACAACGACGAUGUGCAGGUGGAGUUGCAAGCUUAUAAUGGUUUACAUUAUAGUAUAGUGGUUUACAGUAUACACAGUAUUGGUUAUAGUAUAUUAGUUUAUAGUAAACACACAUACAUAGAGUACAUACUGUACACACACACACACACACAGCUACUUUCUUUUUUAUUAGGUAGGCCUCUUCCUCAUUGACCCCAAUCUUUCCUCUCUGUAGUUCUUUGUGUCUGAGGAUGACCCUGCCAGUGCCACUCCUACCCCUACGCACAGCAAGGCUGGCAGUGCCACCCUUCCCAGACGCCUCACCAUCGUACCCGAGACUGCCCUGGGUACCAACUUGCCAGAGGAUGCCACACCCACGGAGUAAGUGAGAAAGAUGCACACAAACACGCAUGCACAUAAACACAUGCACAGACUGACGUACCAAUACACACACACACACACCAGUGGAGGCUGCUGAUGGGAGGAUGGCUCAUAAUAAUGGCUGGAAAGGAGUGAAUGGAAUGGCAUCAAACACAUGGAGACCAUGUGCUUGAUGUAUUUGAUCCCAUUUCACUUAUUCCUCUCCGGCCACUACCACGAGCUCGUCCUCCCCAAUUAAGAUGCCACCAACCUCCUGUGACACACACACAAACUGACAAAGCAAUUUACACACAUUUGCAAACACAUGCAUAGAGUUACGUGUGUGCACAGAGAAACUCACAGUCACAGUACUUUAUCUAUCUGUCUGUCUGCCUGCCUGCCUGUCCAUCCGUCCGUCUAAUUACUUGCAUGUCAUCGUCGUUGUCCCAGUGAGCCAUUGGACUCGGUGUUGGCCCCCCACAAAGGGAGGAAUGGCCUAUCCUCCGCCCCCUCCCAGGAGUCCCACAGCCCCUCCACACGGGGCUCCACGCCUCCCUCCUCCGCCUCCUCUUCCUACUCCAGAACACCGCCCCCUGGCAGCCACAGCUACGACCUGCAGGAGCGCUUGCGCUCGGGUAACAUGACGGGCGGGCAGCAGGAGCGCCACCAGCGCCAGGCCACUGACGACAGCGAGGCCCAGAUGCUGGGUUCCGCCGACCUGGAUGGCAUCAAGAGUGAGUUCCAAUUAAUCAGUCAGUCAAUCAACAAAUCAAUCAAUAAAUAAAUAUAAUUUUUCCAACCUAGAACCUCAAAGAUCAUGCAGUACCACAGUGGCAAGGAAACACUAUCUGGAAAGUGGAAACCUUAACAGGAACUAUACUUAGAGGGGUAUGAUUUUUGGAGCAUAGAAUUACAUCAUGUAAUUUAUAGAAUCUCUGUGGUUUGGAGUACAUAAUGACAUAUAAUGACCAAAAGGCUAAUAUUACUAAGAAAUAGUUGCAUUUCCAUGACACAGGGGGCUGAUUCACACUUUACUGUGACAUCAUAGCAGCAUUUCAUGACUAAACUAUUAACUUUGGUCAUGUGACAUGUUUUCAGCAUGAUUUCAAUGACUUCACAGGGGAUUCAUUUUAGUAUUACUAUGACAUCAUUGUAGCACCUUUUUAAUGACUUUACAGGAGACUAAAGAUAUACAUUACUGUGACAUCAUUGAAGCAUUAUUUAUAUGACUUCACCUGGGAUUAAUGUUGUUGUUACUGUGACAUCAUUGCUGCAUUAUUUCCAUGACUUCACAGAGGAUGAACUUUGAUAUUACUGUGACAUCAUUUCAGGAUUUCCAUGACUACACAGAAGAUUAAUUUUGAUAUUACCGUGACAUCAUUGUAGCAUUAUUUCCAUGACAACACAGGAGAUACAUUUUCAUAUUACUCUGACAUAAAGACUAAAUAUAUACAUUACUGUGACAUCAUUGAAGCAUUAUUUCUAUGACUUCACCUGGGAUUAAUGUUGUUGUUACUGUGACAUCAUAGCAGCCUAAUUUCAAUGACUUCACAGGGGAUUAACUUUGAUAAUACUAUGACAUUAUUGCAGUAUUUCCAGGCCUACACAGGAGAUACAUUUAGGUAUUACCGUGACAUCAUUGUAGCAUUAUUUCUAUGACUUCACCUGGGAUUGACUUUGAUAUUACUGUGAUAUCAUCAGUAUUUUCAUACUACACAAGGGAAUACUCUGAGUUGGUAUUCAUGUCAUAAGAAAUAAUUCCCUUCGACCACGCCCACAAACUGGGGAAAACAAACAUUCUUUCCCAUUGGCCCCAAUUGUAAAAGAGCCAACUUGUCGUACAUUUUUUGUUAUACAGAAAUAACAAAACAUGUUGAAAAGCUGCUGUGUUGUUAAAGUAAAUGUGACCAGGUGAAAAAUCCCAACCUAUGGUUCGCAAUGCUCCCACGUAGGGAAAUCGAGCCUGCAAGAAGAGCCCUGUGCCUUCAGGCUAUUCAGCAUGGGAGAGUGGGAAAUUGUGGGGACCAAGUAGGCUACCCGUAGCUAUGUGUGUGGAAAACAUUUCAUCACAAGACAUUUAACUUGUUUAGGAUAGUUUGUUUAGUACACUCACUACUUGUAGCUGUAUAGUCAGUUUGUUUGUGUUGUUGGUCUUGACUAGCUUAAUGUUCUGGUUGGUAGCUAGCUAGCACUUACUCAUGUGGCUAAUGUAGCGCCAUCAUGAAAAGGGGCAUGAGGGAAGCCCUACAAUAAUAUUAAAUUUUUCUAAGUAGUGAGAACGGUCGUAAACAGGCAAUGUUGAAAAACUAGUCUUUAGACAUGUACUUUACUUAAAUGUCGUUUUGUAAUUGACAAAAACAAGCAGACAACAAGAAAAUUGCAUUUGAAAAAGUUUUUGCCUUGAGCCAAUGGGGUAACCAAGGUUACCAUUGGUUGUUUUCCCCACAGGUGGGCGGGGCAGCAACUUUCUAUUUAGUACUGACUGGGACUAUACCUUUGAUAUUACUAUGACAUCAUAGCAGCAUCACUUCAAUGACUUCACAGGAGAUUAAGUUGGCAUUUUUGUGACAUCAUAGCAGAACUUCUAUGACCACACAGGGCUGAGAUAUAACUUCAGACUUUACUAUGACAUCGUUCUUGCAUUCCUACAUACAGUGAGGGAAAAAGGUAUUUGAUCCCCUGCUGAUUUUGUACGUUUGCCCACUGACAAAGAAAUGAUCAGUCCUAAUGGUAGGUUUAUUUGAACAGUGAGAGACAGAAUAACAACAAAAAAAUCCAGAAAAACGCAUGUCAGAAAUGUUAUAAAUUGAUUUGCAUUUUAAUGAGGGAAAUAAGUAUUUGACCCCCUCUCAAUCAGAAAGAUUUCUGGCUCCCAGGUGUCUUUUAUACAGGUAACGAGCUGAGAUUAGGAGCACAGUCUUAAAGGGAGUGCUCCUAAUCUCAGCUUGUUACCUGUAUAAAAGACACCUGUCCACAGAAGCAAUCAAUCAAUCAGAUUCCAAACUCUCCACCAUGGCCAAGACCAAAGAGCUCUCCAAGGAUGUCAGGGACAAGAUUGUAGACCUACACAAGGCUGGAAUGGGCUACAAGACCAUCGCCAAGCAGCUUGGUGAGAAGGUGACAACAGUUGGUGCGAUUAUUCGCAAAUGGAAGAAACACAAAAUAACUGUCAAUCUCCCUCGGCCUGGGGCUCCAUGCAAGAUCUCACCUCGUGGAGUUGCAAUGAUCAUGAGAACGGUGAGGAAUCAGCCCAGAACUAGUCUUGUCAAUGAUCUCAAGGCAGCUGGGACCAUAGUCACCAAGAAAACAAUUGGUAACACACUACGCCGUGAUGGACUGAAAUCCUGCAGCGCCCGCAAGGUCCCCCUGCUCAAGAAAGCACAUAUACAGGCCCGUCUGAAGUAUGCCAAUGAACAUCUGAAUGAUUCAGAGGAGAACUGGGUGAAAGUGUUGUGGUCAGAUGAGACCAAAAUCAAGCUCUUUGGCAUUAACUCAACUCGCCGUGUUUGGAAGAGGAGGAAUGCUGCCUAUGACCCCAAGAACACCAUCCCCACCGUCAAACAUGGAGGUGGAAACAUUAUGCUUUGGAGGACAACUUCACCGCAUCAAAGGGACAAUGGACGGGGCCAUGUACCGUCAAAUCUUGGGUGAGAACCUCCUUCCCUCAGCCAGGGCAUUGAAAAUGGGUCGUGGAUUGGUAUUCCAGCAUGACAAUGACCCAAAACACACGGCCAAGGCAACAAAGGAGUGGCUCAAGAAAAAGCACAUUAAGGUCCUGGAGUGGCCUAGCCAGUCUCCAGACCUUAAUCCCAUUGAAAAUCUGUGGAGGGUGCUGAAGGUUCGAGUUGCCAAACGUCAGCCUCGAAACCUUAAUGACUUGGAGAAGAUCUGCAAAGAGGAGUGGGACAAAAUCCCUCCUGAGAUGUGUGCAAACCUGGUGGCCAACUACAAGAAACGUCUGACCUCUGUGAUUGCCCUCAUUAAAAUGCACAUCAAUUUAUAACAUUUUUUACAUGUGUUUUUCUGGAUUUUUUUGUUGUUAUUCUGUCUCUCACUCUUCAAAUAAACCUACCAUUAAAACUAUAGACUGAUCAUGUCUUUGUCAGUGGGCAAACGUACAAAAUCAGCAGGGGAUCAAAUACUUUUUUCCCUCACUGUAUGGGGCUAUCAUCAUUAUGACAUAAUUUUUGCAUUUCUGAUAACACUUUACACAGAUAUACUAGCUACAUCAUUGAAGCAAAUGACUUAUUCUUUUGAUUUAUCUAUGGCAUUAUUUUAACAUGAUGGAAAUACUCAGAUUUGACCCUGAUAUCACUAUGACAUUUUGCCUGGCUCCCUAGACUCAUUGCUCCGGCCAAACACUACGCCACGCCCACGGACGUUAGUUUCUUCUCUGCAAUGAGUCUGGAUCUGAGUACCUCCCCGACCCUUCACCGAAUGCGAACACAUUCGGGGCCCUCUGAUUGGUCCAGAAACCGAUUGGUUGGUCCAGAGCCAGAACACAAGUGGAUAAAGCGGCGGUUUGAAAAUUCUUCAUUGGCUUUGAUACUCUGAUUGGUUAGAGACGAUCCAAUCGCUGAUGACUUUGCAUUGUACAACACCCCUCGUCACCACAAAUUACUUCAAUGAUGGCAGUCUCAUACUAAAGUAUGUAGCGAGAGACAAAGCAGCGAAAUAAUUUAGUGUGAAUCAUCAGGAUAUAUGAAAUUAUCAUGACAUCUCCUAGACAUCACUUUGGUUGUAUGUUAAUCUAUAGGGUAUUUGUCAGUAACCUUCAUGGAUAACCUAUCCAAUCAUCACUAAGGAGAAACAAUGAAAGAACGUUGUUCAAUAAUGCCUUGACCAAGACAUGUUUUUAUAUCUGGAUUGUCCUUACCCUUAUGGAAAGCUUACAAAACCUUGAUAUUUAGACACAAAAUGCAAAUUUUUCCACAGUCAAUUUGCAUUUGUUAUCUUAAAUCUGAUCCUAAUAUGGAAUGAAUUGUUCUGUGUACAAGCAAACAAGGCCGUCCAUCCCACAUGCUUACUGUGCACCGUAGGAAUAUGAGUAUUUUCGAAGAGCCCAUAUCAGCCCACCACCAGUUCUUUUCCAGUUUUCCAUUGUUGGUUUCAUGUUCAGAUAAAAGUCUGUGUGCAUGCGUGUGUGUGCCGUGUGCCCAUAUGUCAUUAUUUGGAAAACAAUCAUUCAUUUUGGAAGCAUGGUUUGGUUCUGUGUUCUGAAAGUCAAAACGUUGCAACUGCACUUUUCUUUGAGUCAGAAGCAAUUUCUUUGUGAGUAUCCAUUACAUAAUAUAUAUUACAUAAUUAUUAUAUUGUUAUAACUUAUAAUAUAAUGUGCAAGUUUGUCAUUCAGAUCAACAUGUUAAAAGUUUGUAUCAAUGGUUUGCUAACCAUUAUCUUAAUUUGAUAGCCAUGGAUUUGCCUCUAUUUGAGAUAUGUGAAGUGAGUGAAGAAAGUGGGGUUGGUCUUGACAAAGGUUGAUUUGUUUUCUUUGGGUUUUAAAACCUUAAAGUCUCACCAUGAUUCCCUGGAAAGCUUUCCUAUUGUUAAGCCAAUCCUGAAAUGUUGUUUUCUAGAAAAGUACACCCGUGGGAAUCUGAGUGUGUUCCCACCGUGCUUGUUAAAACACACUGCAGCAGGCAAAACUAGUUGCAAUGACAUUAUUCUGAAGUCUUUUGUGACUGGUUUGAUUGUAAAAGGAGGUAUUUUAAACAUAAUUUCAGCGACCAGAAAAAUACAUAUUUUACUGUUUACAACCUAAAUAUGGUGUCUUUCCCAAACGUUUUGAUGUUGUCAUGAAAAAAGACGUCUUUACCUUUACUCAACAAGGCGAAAAGCAGUUUGGGACCAGAAAAUACAUUUCUCUCUAUUUUUCUCUUUCAAUGUCCCUUAGGCCACAGGUUCGAGGAUGUGCCCGCGGUGCGCCGUCACCUGGUCAGGAAGAGCAACAAGGGUCAGGUGGUGCACAUCAGCAAGGACCACAAGGAGCCUAGUGCCCACAGCCGCAAGUUGGACCGUACCCCACAUGAGGUGGGUACCAGGGAACAAGGGGAUAAUGGGUUCUAUGGGGCAGUGAAUUUGGCAAAAUUCCAUGUUUUGCUACUACUUUACCGGAAUGGUCCAUCAUAGACUUACAUAACAUUGUUGUAUGCUAUUACACUUCAUUUGACCCCCACUGAUGUAGGCCAGUAGUGUUACUGCUGGUUACAAGUAGCAGGCAGUGACGUGAGUAGCACAAGUUGUUUUUAUGAAGGAGAGUUUGGGUUAAGAAGUCAAUGUCUCACCUGUACAUUAACUCCCUGCUUUGGUACUUAAGUCAGUCAGGGAAAGGUGAGACGUUAAAAAUGAACUUAGGGAUGACUUUCACAUGCCACAAGACAAAGAGGAGAGGUAACACGACACAAGGGGGCUCUAGGAAGUCAACGAGGGAGUUCAGUUUGUUGUAUUAGGGUAGCCAGGUAAACGUCAGUCUCUUCUGUGUGUGUGUGCAGGUGUGAUAGAGUGAACGUAAAACAAUGGACAGACCAUUUCACAUGCGCUCUCUUGUUGAGCCAGUAACUGUGUGUUUGUGUUUAUGAACGUGUGUGUGUUAGGGACUGUAAGGUAAGCCUGCCCUAUUAGAUUUGUCAGUAUCUCUGCUUUUCACUCACCCAGCCAGUGCAAGAGUAUCGGUCCACCUCGCGUUCGGACAGAAUGAUUCACUUGGAGUUCGUGGCUCGUAUGGCACGGCACCAGAAGGUAGGGUCGUUUUGAAAAAACACAACCCGGUUUUAGCCCGGGUCACAAUGGAUUUGCCGUGUUAGCCUUCAGAUUGAUUUGGACUGCAGUUACUUACCUUCUAACGCCACACCUAUACAGCAUGGUGUGUUUGUAGACACUUGAUGCAUGCUGGAUGCUGCCAUAAUGUCUUCAUGCACCUGUUGUAACGUCUUAUUGUUGUUCAUGGGAGCUUAGUCUGGUUGAUACAACACUUCUUUUUGAUAGGGAAACUUAAGGAUUUAUUCUUGUUCUCACAGUAAUAACACUAGAAACACUAAUUUAAGUAUGGUCCAAUGUAUAAAAUAUAUUUUGGUUGUUGCGACACAUGAGUUGGAACUCACCUAAAAUGGGAAAAUGUGUGUGUGACAUUCUAAACUCCCCCGUUCGUCUACAGAAAGACCCUUUGUUCCACCCAAAUGUUUGCUGUGUGUUUUUGUGUGUUGUAUUUGGGGGUGUUAGGAAAACACGAGAUUAGAUGGUUUCUAGAUUAGAUGCUCCAGAUCAGUACCACUGUGUACUAUAAAGAAUAGUGUUGGGCACAAACAUCGAUCAUUCAUUUGAUAUUGAUAUGUGCAAGGCAUAUUGUGAUAUCGGUUUAUCGUUCCUGUUAAGCUACAGUAUUAUGUAAAAAGCCGUACUGCAAAAUCCUCUCACAGACCUUCGCACAGGCUCUCAACUUGGUGUACAUGAUUGCCUGCAGAUGGGCCAUCAAGGGCUUCCCAUUGUUUUCAAACUGGUUGGGAUAUGUUAAAAGGCUACCAAAACAUUUACACCUGGCCCAAUGGACAAUCAGCAAGCAGUUGUUUGGACUUCACAGAGUUGCAAUAUUUUUUAAAAAUAAAAUCGAUAUAAAUAUUGAUAUUGUAUCAAAAAAAUUAUCCCAGGUGUUUGUGGAGCUGAACGAGCUGGUGAUGGAUAAGAACCAGGAGUUGCAGUGGCGGGAGACAGCCCGCUGGAUCAAAUUUGAGGAGGACGUGGAGGAGGAAACGGAUCGCUGGGGCAAACCCCACGUCGCCUCGCUCUCCUUCCGUAGUCUCCUGGAGCUCCGCAAAACCAUCUCCCACAGUGAGAGAAAGAGGGGAGAGGUGAGGGAAGAAAGGGAGGGAGGGAGGAGGGAGGGUGGGACUAGGUGGGUAUAAAGAGGGCGAGGGGGGGGAGAAGGAGUUGGGAAAGCAGAGGGUAAAGAGGGAGGGGAGUGGGUGAGUUAGGAAAAGAGAAAAAGGAGUGAUAAGGAGGGGAGAAGAGAGGGGAGGGAGAGGAGGAAGAGUUGGGGAGGAAAGAGAGAGAAGGGGCGGCAGAUGUAGGAAGAUUGGGGAGGAAGAGAUUGGGGGAAGGAAGAGAAGGGGAAGAGAGGGGGAGCGAGAGGAGGAAGAGAGAUUUGGGGCGAAGAGAUUGGGAGGAGGGGAGCGAGUGGGGGGAAAAGAGGAGAGUGGGAGUGAAUGAGAUUGCGGGGAGGUCGGAGGAGAUGCUGGGACGGAAGGAUUGGCAGGACGAGAGGGGGAGCCGGGGGCGUGCGGCCUUGUUGGGAGGAAGCGCGAGGCUCUGGGAGGCGCACUUUGCAGGCAGGGUCUGGCGUCCCCGCCGCCGUGGAGGCUUGGAGGAGGAGAGGGGAGGAAGAACGCUAGGGAGGAAGGCCGCGGGGGAGAAGUUUAGAGGGGCGGGGAGAGUCUCGGGGAGGAGAGAGGGGGAAAGAGAUUGGGGGGGAAGGGGGACCUCGGGAGGAAGAGAGAGGGGAGGAAGAUAAUACAAUUGAGGAAUAAAUACAAAUCGAAGGAUAAGAAAGGCAAGAGAAGGAAGUAGCAUUUGUGGCGUUAAAGGGAAACAUUGGGGGGUGUUCUUUAGGUGCGGUGCUGCUGGACCUGAACCAGCACACCUUGCCUGGCAUCGCCCAUCAGGUGGUGGAGCAGAUGAUAAUCUCUGACCAGAUUAAAGUGGAGGACCGGGCCAAUGUCCUCAGAGCCCUACUACUCAAACACAGGUACUUUCCUCUAACCGUCUGCAAUCCUCUAUCUACCCUGCUACCUACGAUAUUCACAGUGUUUAUAUACAUCAUUGGUACUUUUACACAAACUCAGUUCAGGCAUUCUCUCUCUCCUCUUCUCUGCCCGCAGUCACCCGAGCGACGAGAAGGAACACAGCUCUUUCACGCGGAACAUCUCUGCCGCCAGCCUGGCCUCCCUGAUGGUGAAUCACCACAGCAGCAGCAUCCACACAGGCCAAGCCAAGCCCUCUGUCACUGACCCCCUCAUUGGUGGAGGAGAGGCCGCCGGCACCCUUACAGACACCCGCAUUGACAUGGAGAAGAGCGAGGUCUUCACUUGAAAGUGUGGCUGUGGUUUUGGGAGUGUGUGGGGUUGAGUUUGUCUGUGUGUGUGUGUGUGCAGGAAUUUUGUGAGCUCUGUUUGUGUAAUAGUGUGUUUGAGUUGUGUUUGUGGGUGGGUGUGCAUUCAUCUUUGUCCACUUGUCUGGGUGAUUGUUUAUGGUUUUUGAGUCUUGAGUGUGUGUGGGUUUUUGGUGUCUAAACUCCCUGUUCGUCUACAGAAAGACAAUCCUCCCAUAUUGGGCAUGCACAGGUCCAAGUCCAAACAUGAGCUCAAGUUGCUGGAGAAGAUUCCGGAAAAUGCAGAGGCCACUGUCGUCCUCGUAGGUAUGCCUUACUACUCAAAUAAAAUAAAAUGUUAUUUGUCACAUGUGAUGAGUGAUUUUGAAGAAGUCAGGCGCAGGAGUCAGGCACAGGAAGGUAAAUCACAGAAUAACAGGAUUUAUUCCGAAACACAGAGUUACGCAGUAAUGCGUCAAAACACUCCAGUGCGCAAAACAGGCGCACUGGAACCAACAAGGCACACUGGGAAUUAUCCCGACGAUACAAAAUACAAGGAGCUCCACCGAGCUUCUCUAACCUCCACGUUAAACAAUCACACACAAAGACAAGGGGGCAGAGGGAACACUUAUACAGGUAAUGAUGAGGGGAUAUGAACCAGGUCUGUGUAAUAAACAAGACAAAACAAAUGCAAUGAUGAGAUGAGGAGCGUCAGUAGCUAGAAGGCCGGUGACGACGAACGCCGAAGCCUGCCCGAACAAGGAGAGGAGGCAGCUUCGGAGGAAGUCGUGACACAUGCUUCGUAAACAACAGGGGUAGACAGUGAAAUGCUCACUUACGAGCACUUCCCAACAAUGCAGAGAGAAAGAAAAUAGAGAAAUUAUAGAAAAGUAAAACACUUAAUAAUAAAAGUAAUAAUAAAUACACAAUGAGUAAUGAUAACUUGGCUAUAUACAUGGGGUACCAGUACAGAGUCGAUGUGCAAGGGUACGAGGUAAUUGAGGUAGAUAUGUACAUAUAAAUAGGAAGAAAGUGACAGACAAUAAACAGUAGCAGCAGCAUAUGUGAUGAGUAAAAGAAAGUGAGUGCAAAUAGGGUCAAUGCAGAUAGUUUGGGUAGCUAUUUGAUUAACUAUUUAACUAAAUAUUUAGCAGUCUUAUGGCUCGGAGAGCACGAUCACACAGUCGUCCGGAACAGCUGGUGCUCUCAUGCAUGGUUCAGUGUUGCUUGCCUCGAAUCAUUAAAGUUCAAUUACAUUUAAUAACUGUCUCCCGCAGGCACCGUGGCCUUCCUGGAGCAGCCAUCCAUGGCGGUUGUGCGUCUGCAGGAAGCCGUACUGCUGGAGUCCGUGCUGGAGGUGCCAGUUCCUGUGCGUUUCCUCUUCCUUCUAAUGGGCCCGCCCAUCGCCAACAUCGACUACCACCAGAUCGGCCGCUCCAUCUCCACACUUAUGUCUGACAAGGCGAGUUAACCGUUGGGUAACCCAUACUGCCCUGUGUGGCUCAGUUGGUAAGAGUGUGGCACUAGCAACACCAAGAUUGUGGGUUCAACACCCACAGGGAUCACAUACCAAAAAAUUAUGUACUUACUGUCCUGUAAAUCACUUUGAAAAACUCUGCUAAGUGGCAUUUUACCGCAGCACUUCCACGAGGCGGCGUACCUAGCAGAUGAGCGGCAGGACCUGCUGAAUGCCAUCAACAGCUUCCUGGACUGUAGCAUUGUGCUGCCGCCGUCUGAGGUGGGCGGCGAGGAGCUGCUUCGCUCGGUGGCCCGCUUCCAGAGAGAGAUGCUCCACAAGAGACAGGAGCAGCAGGGCAAGAAGCUCAAGGUCAAAGAGCCCAAGAGCCCAAAGGAUAAAGGUAAUAGAGACAGGCAUACACUGAUACACUCAGAUGUGCACAGACAUAUAUUACAGAGAGGAACCGGAGGGCAAACUACAGGCCAAAAAGCCCAAAGGUCCCAUGAACAAGGGUGACAAAGAUACAGUGGGGAAAAAAAGUAUUUAGUCAGCCACCAAUUGUGCAUGUUCUCCCACUUAAAAAGAUGAGAGAGGCCUGUAAUUUUCAUCAUAGGUACACGUCAACUAUGACAGACAAAAUGAGGAAAAAAAAUCCAGAAAAUCACAUUGUAGGAUUUUUAAUGAAUUUAUUUGCAAAUUAUGGUGGAAAAUAAGUAUUUGGUCAAUAACAAAAGUUUCUCAAUACUUUGUUAUAUACCCUUUGUUGGCAAUGACACAGGUCAAACGUUUUCUGUAAGUCUUCACAAGGUUUUCACACACUGUUGCUGGUAUUUUGGCCCAUUCCUCCAUGCAGAUCUCCUCUAGAGCAGUGAUGUUUUGGGGCUGUCGCUGGGCAACACGGACUUUCAACUCCCUCCAAAGAUUUUCUAUGGGGUUGAGAUCUGGAGACUGGCUAGGCCACUCCAGGACCUUGAAAUGCUUCUUACGAAGCCACUCCUUCGUUGCCCGGGCGGUGUGUUUGGGAUCAUUGUCAUGCUGAAAGACCCAGCCACAUUUCAUCUUCAAUGCCCUUGCUGAUGGAAGGAGGUUUUCAUUCAAAAUCUCACGAUACAUGGCACCAUUCAUUCUUUCCUUUACACGGAUUAGUCGUCCUGGUCCCUUUGCAGAAAAACAGCCCCAAAGCAUGAUGUUUCCACCCCCAUGCUUCACAGUAGGUAUGGUGUUCUUUGGAUGCAACUCAGCAUUCUUUGUCCUCCAAACACGACGAGCUGAGUUUUUACCAAAAAGUUCUAUUUUGGUUUCAUCUGACCAUAUGACAUUCUCCCAAUCCUCUUCUGGAUCAUCCAAAUGCACUCUAGCAAACUUCAGACGGGCCUGGACAUGUACUGGCUUAAGCAGGGGGACACGUCUGGCACUGCAGGAUUUGAGUCCCUGGCGGCGUAGUGUGUUACUGAUGGUAGGCUUUGUUACUUUGGUCCCAGCUCUCUGCAGGUCAUUCACUAGGUCCCCCGUGUGGUUCUGGGAUUUUUGCUCACCGUUCUUGUGAUCAUUUUGACCCCACGGGGUGAGAUAUUGCGUGGAGCCCCAGAUCGAGGGAGAUUAUCAGUGGUCUUGUAUGUCUUCCAUUUCCUAAUAAUUGCUCCCACAGUUGAUUUCUUCAAACCAAGCUGCUUACCUAUUGCAGAUUCAGUCUUCCCAGCCUGGUGCAGGUCUACAAUUUUGUUUCUGGUGUCCUUUGACAGCUCUUUGGUCUUGGCCAUAGUGGAGUUUGGAGUGUGACUGUUUGAGGUUGUGGACAGGUGUCUUUUAUACUGAUAACAAGUUCAAACAGGUGCCAUUAAUACAGGUAAUGAGUGGAGGACAGAGGAACCUCUUAAAGAAGAAGUUGCAGGUCUGUGAGAGCCAGAAAUCUUGCUUGUUUGUAGGUGACCAAAUACUUAUUUUCCACCAUAAUUUGCAAAUAAAUUCAUAAAAAAUCCUACAAUGUGAUUUUCUGGAUUUUUUUUCCCUAAAUUUGUCUGUCAUAGUUGACGUGUACCUAUGAUGAAAAUUACAGGCCUCUCUCAUCUUUUUAAGUGGGAGAACUUGCACAAUUGGUGGCUGACUAAAUACUUUUUUUCCCCACUGUACAUACUGGAGGAAGGAGCUUGAGGGCUAACUGACCACCAAAUAGCCCUCUCCCUCCCUCUCCCUCAGCUCCACAGGCACCCUUCAAACCUGGGGAUGACCCUCUGCGCCGGUCGGGCCGCCUGUUUGGGGGGCUGAUUGGUGACGCCGCACGGCGCUACCCCAAAUAUGCCAGCGACUUCCGUGAUGCGCUCAACCCCCAGUGCAUGGCUGCCAUCAUCUUCAUCUACUUCGCUGCUCUGUCGCCCGCCGUCACCUUUGGAGGACUGCUGGGUCAGUCACUCAGUCACCCAUUGGGGGAGGAAAGAAAGGAGGGGAGGAGGGAAAAAAGGAGGGAAGGAAGGAAACAAUAACUAAAUAGAAAUUAAGCUAAAAAGAGGGAUAGAGUCUAUCGUUGGCUGUAUCAUUUUUAGUUGGUAUUCACUUUCUCCAUCCCUUCCUCUCUUCUUCUUCCUCUAGGUGAGAAAACGGGGGGGUUGAUUGGCGUGUCGGAGCUGAUCAUCGCCACAGCGAUGCAGGGGGUCAUCUUCUCCCUCCUGGGGGCACAGCCUCUGUUGGUGGUGGGCUUCUCUGGACCCCUCCUGGUUUUUGAGGAGGCCUUCUACUCGGUGAGCAACUACCCCAUUUCUUCCAUUCCGUUACUCCCCCUUCUCCCCAAAUUGUGCACUCGUUCACUCCCCUGGAAAGGAUUUUCAAGUAAUAGACUGGUUGCAACAUUACAGGAUUCUCAGUUGAAGGAUUUCCUGCUUAUUCCUUUCUAAAUUCCAGAAAUCCUUUAACUGAAAAGAAAUUGUGAACGUUGGGAAAGUUUCUGGAAUUGUGCAACCCUAGCUGGUGCAAGGAAUACAGUUGUAAUGUGUGCAUGAUAAUGUCACUUUCUGAACAUCCCCCAAAGUUGUGCCUCGUGGUUCUGUGUUGCAGUUCUGCAAUGCCAACCACAUAGAGUACCUGACCGGCCGGGUGUGGAUUGGCUUCUGGCUGGUGCUCAUCGUGGUCCUCAUAGUGGCCUUUGAGGGCAGCUUCCUGGUCCGCUUUGUCUCGCGCUUUACCCAGGAGAUCUUCUCCUUCCUCAUUUCCCUCAUCUUCAUCUACGAGACUUUCUCGAAACUGGGCAAGGUGAGGUUGGGUUGGGAAGAGGAGCGCCCUUUAACACUGGGCUGGAGCUGAUUGGGUUAGCUUGUCCGCUGGCCAACAAGUUAAUAGCUUUCAUUGCUAGCAUACCGCUGCAUGCAUUAUGACUCCGUCAAGAGCAUUUGAAACGGAGGUCAUCUAUCGCACACCUGACACAGCUGUCAUGGUGCAGGAAUGUAUGAGACUCAUGAGAAAACUGUCUGUGUGUUUACCUGUGUGUCUGCCUGUCUGUCUGCCUCUGUGUCUGUCUAUCUGUCUAAAAACCCACCCAGAUCUUUCAAGAGCAUCCUCUCCAACGCUGUUACCUGGUCAACGACACAUGGACAUCAUCAUCAUGCAACAACACUGUGGUCGGCGUGCCUGGCAAGGUGGUGGGGGAGCCCAACACAGCCCUCCUGACGCUGGUGCUCAUGUCCGGAACGUUCUUCAUUGCGUUCUACUUGCGCAAGUUCAAGAACAGUGCCUUCUUCCCUGGCAAGGUAAGUACAGUAAGCCUGGGCUGCCUCAACAUACACAUACAGUAUUGGCCCUUAAAAAAUACAUUCAAAAUGCAUUAAAGGUGCACUAUGCAGAAAUCACUGCCAUUUCCUGGUUGCAAAAAUUCUAAUAGUUUACCUAAUUUCAGUUUAUGUGACAAAAUAAGCAAGUAUAGUGUAGAGAAUCAUUGUACCAUCUAAACUGCUGUGAAUAAUACUUUCCAUAACCAACAAAAUAGUUUUUUCAACUGUUUGAAGCUGGUGUACAAAACUGAAAGUAAAAGAUGCAGAAACUAAACUUAAGACUGGGAAGCAUAGAAAUAGUGAACAUAGAACAGAUCUACCGCUUCUUAGACUUGCUUUCAAUAACAAUGACAGAUCUAUGACUCACAUUUCUAUGUACAUGUUGUCGGGUUGCCCAAAAAGUUACAUAUUGCAGUUUUAAUUUGUGUGGCAGAGCAUGUGGCAGUAAGCAACAGGUUUAUAUUCAAUCUGACUUGUGCGUGUUCUUUGUCUCAGCUCCGUAGGAUGAUUGGAGACUUCGGGGUUCCCAUAGCGAUUCUCAUCAUGGUGUUGGUGGACUACAGCAUAAAAGACACCUACACCCAGGUGAGAUAUAGGUCAAGAUCAAAUGUCAAGAGAGUCCAAUCAGAAGUGAGAAUAGCCCAGGCUAACCUUUUCCCUUUGACCCCCCCCCCCUCUCUAUUUAGAAGCUGAGCGUGCCCACAGGCUUCUCGGUGACCAGUCCUGAGAAGCGAGGGUGGCUGAUCCCCCCGCUGGGCUCGGACGGCCAGUUCCCUGUCUGGAUGAUGGCCAUCAGCAUCUUACCCGCCCUGCUCGUGUUCAUCCUCAUCUUCAUGGAGACGCAGAUCACCACGUAAAGCCGGGUGUACACUAGAAGGCCCUGAUUUAGCUGUCCCAGACACGUUUUUGAGAUCGGAGACAAAAUCCCCAUGUCGUUGCCUGCUCAGGGCGCGCGGCCGUCACCGAUGCUUGUUUAUAUGAGCGGGUCAGAGACGCAAUCUGAGGGCUACCAAUCUCGUCUUUGAGCAGUCCCAGACAUCCCGAUAUUUUCAGACACAUUUGAUUUUAUCGGCACAAAAUCUGCAAUGCUCUUGUAGUGUGAGAUGUGCAAUGACAAGUUUUGAGAGCGGUGAUCAGCAAUAGCCAAUGAGAGCUCGCCAGAGAAGGAGCCAGUGAGAUGAUAACGUUGUUUCGCAUCACCCAGAAUGUGUAGACUCUCGAGCAGUAGCGAUGACUACUAGUAUGUGUUUGUACUUCCUUUAAUCAAAGCCAAACUGUCAAAUAGUUACACCUCUGAAGUUCACAAGCAAUGUUAUUCAAUUCAAAAUGUUGGCUAGAUAUUUCAACUCUGUAUGGCAAGCGUAAAUGUCUGACUGAAAACAUUUGAGGCUGCUUUGAGCCACAGCUCGUUGUAGCUACGUUAAAUCUAAUCCCGUCAUAACAUCAUUGUUGUAGCGAGACAGCGUGGUAUCGACAAUCCUCACGACCAAGGGAAGAAUCUUGUAGUGUGUGACCCCCGUCUGUGCCACAUCAUUUAGUGUGAGCACCAAUACGUUGGCAAGACAAAAAAAAAACUACAGGAAAGAUGGUCAUUUAACUUGGUUUAGCGAUGUUAGGAGUUUGAAAGUCGUAGUGUACACCCGGCUUAAGGGACCCCUCCAACCCGUUACCUCUGCACCCCCAUCUUACAUAUUAUAGAGUAAUACAAGUCAUCUCUCUCUCUCCUUCACUCAAUCCCUCUCCCUCCAUGUUCCUCUCCUUUUAUACACUCUCUCUCUUCUUCACUUCCUCUCUUUCUCUUCCACACUCUCUUUGGUCUCUCUCCUUCCGUCAGGCUGAUAGUCAGUAAGAAGGAACGGAUGCUGUUGAAGGGCUCCGGCUUCCACCUUGACCUGCUCAUCAUCGUGGCCAUAGGUGGGGUUUCGGCCCUGUUCGGUCUGCCCUGGUUGGCCGCUGCCACCGUGCGUUCUGUUACUCACGCCAACGCCCUUACCGUCAUGAGCAAGGCGGUGGCCCCCGGCGACAAGCCCCGUAUCCAGGAAGUGAAAGAGCAGAGGGUGACGGGCUUCCUCGUAGCUCUGUUCGUCGGUAGGCAUGACCCCUCUAACUUAGGGCCCAGGCCUAAAUAGAGAGUAGGGUCGCAAAAUUCCAGAAACUUUCUCAAAAUGCACAGGUUUUCCAAAAAUAGCUGUUUUCACAUGUUGGGUUAAAAUUUCACGGGAAACCAUAUUUUCACAUGUGAGGAGAAUAAUAUGUUUUCAAUGUGAAAAUGGUACUUUGACAUGUGGAAUUGCAAAUUCCCAUGUGGGGUUAAAAUAAUGUUGUUAUGUGAAAAGAUGCUGUUAACAUGUUGCAGUAGUAAUGUUUCCACCGUUGGAAUUAGGGUGACCACACCUAAAAAGGUCAAAUGUGGGACAAGAGAACGAUUUUGCGGGACAUUCGAGGAACAGUGGACAAAAUACAUUUCUUGGGGGUAGGUUAAUGGAUGACAUUCAAAUGGCUCUGGUCAUACGCUCUGGUCAUGCAGGCUCUGAGUCUGUGAGUAUCCAUAGCAACAGCUCUGCUUGGGUUGCUCUGCUCAAUGAAGAGACAUGAGACAGCAGUAAGCUGUUAGCUACUUUUCGUCACUCUAAACUCAGACAAAACUCAAGGAACAUUGUUAUUUUCUGUGAAAUAAUCUCUCCUGUUUUAUAUUUGACGAGGUUAAAGCACUGUUAUGACACCUUGUUAUGAUCUUAGUCAGAAAUGACUGUACUGCGCAGCAGAGCACGCACAAAUGGCUCAGCUUCAAAAAACAUUUAAGAAACAGGCCCUACCUGGCCCUAACCCGAUGUAUAAUGUCUGGGUCCAUCACACUCGGGUUGCGUAGCAGAGCGUUACAAGGGGGUGGCCCCUGGCGACAAGCCCCGUAUCCAGGAAUUGAAAGAGCAGAGGGUGACGGGCUUCCUCGUAGCUUUGUUCGUUGGUAGGCUUUACCCCUCUAACUUAGGGCCAAUGUCUAACUCGAGAGUAGGGUUGCAAAAUUCCAGAAACUUUCCCAAAAUGCACAGGUUUUCCAAAAAUCCCAAGGGGCUUGAAUUUCCGAGCUCUCCCUGUAGAUUUUGCGGUGACGUAGAGUCCCCAUGAGUGACGGAACACUGAGCCAAUCAUUACCAACACCUACGCACUGUAUUUUCCGCUGGCUGCCCCACCACCACAGAUAGCAAUGAGCUAGCCUGAAACAUCUGAAUUUUUGAGCUGCCUUACUCAAGAAAGCAAAAAAGAGACCAUAUUUGUAUGCGGCUUUAUUAACUGUUUGCAAACUGAUAUGUGACACGUAUUAAUGCCAAAAUAACAUGCAAAACAGACAACAACAAAAAAACUGCCCUGCCCCACCUGCCCUGAAUGACGGGUCGCCACUGGGCGGGGAGACACUUUGUUAAGGUUUCAAUUAAGGAUUGCCACUUUAAAAACCUUUAAUAGAGUAAUAGUGUUAUUAUAUGGUGCAAUCCUCUAGUGAGUGAGUUACUUUUGUGCCAUUAAUAUCAAGGAAAACUUCUGAAAUCGAGAACCAAAUUCUUAGUAUCGCAAACAAUAUUGAAAGCAAAACAUAAACCCAAAAAUAUUGAUAGCAAAAAAUAUAUUGCAAGGAAAUAAUUUUGAAAUGUGAGAACAAAUGAAUUGAUAUAUGUGAAAUAUUUUAUAUGAUAACGUGAUUAGAUAAAAUGGCUCCCUCUUUUCUGCAAUUUUUGGUUACGUUACCCCGGCCUUUGCUUUCGCUGACUUUUUCCAGUUGUAAGAUUCAUUCAAGCAACAUAGUGCUCUGCAUCCCACUGCUGGUUUGCCUCUGAAGCAAAGCAGGGGCAGUCCUAGCCGGUCCAUGGAUGGGAGACCAGAUAUAACUGGAAGUUGUGAGAAAAAAAAAAAAAAAAAGUUAUGUAUUUGUGAAACUUCACGUGUCUAAAACGAAAAAUUCAGCAAAAAUUGUUUUUUAUUUUUCACAAGUGAUUUGUUCAAGCGUGUGUUUAUACGUCUCGGAAAGCCACGUUUUUUUCACAGGAUUUUUUUCAUGUGUUUCUUUUGUAAGGGUCGAGACACAUGCUUCAUGUAAAUGGUGUGUUCAUUUCCAAGGAAAAUGUAUCUUCUCACGUCUGUCUCCCCUUGCUAGGUUUGUCCAUUGUGAUCGGCGAUCUCCUGCGUCAGAUCCCCAUCGCUGUGCUCUUUGGGAUCUUCCUCUACAUGGGCGUCAUGUCCCUCAACGGUAUCCAGCUCACCGAGCGCAUGUUGCUGCUUCUGAUGCCCCCCAAGUAUCAUCCUGACCAUACCUAUGUCCGCAAGGUCAGUACCGCUAUACCACGACAACAUCUAUGUUUGCAAGGUCAGUACUGCCAAAAUCCCAACCACACCUACAGCUGCAAGGUCAGCACUGCUUGAAUCUCGACCACACCUAUGUCUGCAAGGUCAGUGUACUGCCCAAACCUCGACCACACCUACAGUGCCUUGCAAAAGUAUUCAUCCCCCUUGGCGUUUUUCCUAUUUUGUUGCAUUACAACCUGUAAUUUAAAUUGAUUUUUAUUUGGAUUUCAUGCAAUGGACAUACACAAAAUAGUCCAAAUUGGUGAAGUGAAAAAAUUAAUAAAACUUGUUUCAAAAAAUUCUAAAAAAUAUAGAAAGGAAAAGUGGUGCGUGCAUAUGUAUUCACCCCCUUUGCUAUGAAGCCCCUAAAUAAGAUCUGGUGCAACCAAUUACCUUCAGAAGUCACAUAAUUAGUUAAAUAAAGUCCACCUGUGUGCAAUCUAAGUGUCACAUGAUCUGUCACAUGAUCUCAGUAUAUAUACACCUGUUCUGAAAGGCCCCAGAGUUUGCAACACCACUAAGCAAGGGGCACCACCAAGCAAGCGGCACCAUGAAGACCAAGGAGCUCUCCAAACAGGUCAGGGACAAAGUUGUGGAGAAGUACAGAUCAGGGUUGGGGGUUACAACAAGUAUCUGAAACUUUGAACAUCCAACGAAGCACCAUUAUAUCCAUUAUCAAAAAAUUGAAAGAAUAUGGCACCACAACAAACCUGCCAAGAGAGGGCCGCCCACCAAAACUCAUGGACCAGGCAAGGAGAGCAUUAAUCAGAGAGGCAACAAAGAGACCAAAGAUAACCAUGAAGGAGCUGCAAAGCGGAGAUUGGAGUAUCUGUCCAUAGGACCACAUUAAGCCGUACACUCCACCGAGUUGGGCUUUACGGAAGAGUGGCCAGAAAAAAGCCAUUGCUUAAAUAAAUAAAUAAGCAAACAGGUUUGGUGUUCGCCAAAAGGCAUGUGGGAGACUCCCCAAACAUAUGGAAGAAGGUACUCUUGAACCUGCGAGAAGAGCCCUAUGGCUUCCGGCUAUUCGGCGUGGGAGAGUGGGAAAUAUGGGGACCCAGUGUCCAAGUAGGCUAGACGUAGCUAUGUGUGUGGAAAAGAUUUCAUCAUAGGUACAUAGACACGUGAUCGAGGACUGCGUGGCCAAGACGAGGAUCAGCCUGUUCCUGCAGGUGGCCAUGAGUCUGGCCAACAUCACGUGCUGUCUGGCCGCUCAGUGUGACUACUUCAUCACCAGGGAGGUUAGGACCUCCAAGCAGACCUUCAACUUAAGGAGGUCCAGGUCCAUCAGCCAGAAGAGAGCCACCACCAGCACCUCAGAGCUCUGACAAGACCGAUGGAGGGACAAACACUGUGCAGAACUGGUUGAAAUUACGUUUCAACCAGUUUUGCCCACUGGGAAGUUACUGGCUAUAAUCUUACUAACUGUGUGAGAAAUUCUGCCACUAUUUGAGGACAAGGGACGUUGAGUAGGAAAAAUUAGUAUUUAUUAUUGAAAACCUACGCAUUUUGGCACUAUUUUCCCUUUUGACUGUCUGCAGCCUUACCUCGGACAAGAGUUAACCCUAUCAGACCAGAUAUUUUACUGCUUCGCUUAAGUAAAAUGUUUUAAACUUCUUAGACUACCACAAAAAUACUUUUAAAGAGGUGAAGCAAUUGAACAACAAAAAAAAACAUGGAAAAUUACCAUCUGAUCUGAUUACAAUUGUUUGUGCCCUGUGCAAUGCCAUCUAUAUGUGUACUGUAUGUCCUGACAAGGGACUCACCACAGAACAACAAGGCAUGUUAAGUAGGAGAAGUCAGUUCGACCCAUGGGGCGGCGCACAAUUGGCCCAGCAUCGUCCAGGGUAGGGGAGGGAAUGGCCGGCAGGGAGGUAGCUCAGUUGGUAGAGAAUGGCGUUUGCAACGCCAGGGUUGUGGGUUCGAUUCCAACGAGGGGCCAGUAUGAAAAAAACAAUUAUAAUGUAUGCACUCACUAACUGUAAGUCGCUCUGGAUAAGAGCGUCUGCUAAAUGACGUAAAUGUAAAUGUAAAAAUGUACUCUGGUCAGAUGAGACUAAAAUUGAGCUUUUUUGGCCAUCAAGGAAAACACUAUGUCUGGCGCAAACCCAACACUUCUCAUUACCCCGAGAACACCAUCCCCACAGUGAAGCAUGGUGGUGGCAGCAUCAUGCUGUGGGGAUGUUUUUCAUCGGCAGGGACUGGGAAACUGGUCAGAAUUGAAAGAAUGAUGGAUGGCGCUAAAUACAGGGAAAUUCUUGAAGGAAACCUGUUUCAGCCUUCCAGAGAUUUGAGACUGGGACGGAGGUUCAAUCCAAUUGAGAAUCUGUGGUAUGGUUUCAAGAUUGCUGUACACCACCAGAACUCAUCCAACGUUGUGCCAGUAACCGAAAGGUCGCUGGUUCUAAUCCCUGAGCCGACUAGGUGAAAAAUCUGUCUGUGCCCUUGAGCAAGGCACUUAACCCUAAUUGCUCCUGUAUGUCGCUCUGGAUAAGAGCGUCUGCUAAAUGACAACAAAUUUUUAAAUAAAAAAUAGUUAUGCACGCCCAAGUUUUCUGUUUUUUUGUCUUAUUUCUUGUUUGUUUCACACAAAAAAAAUAUGUUGCAUCUUCAAAGUGGUAGGCAUGUUGUGUAAAUCAAAUGAUACAAACCCCCAGAGUAGCUGAUCAAAACUUUACAACAACACUGGUUCUAUCUUGUAAAAGUGUCCUUAGGAUCUGAAGGGCAGGGAAAGCCGACUCUUGACUCUGACUACUACUGCUACUCUAAUAUGUGUGUGUUACAGGUGAGGACUCUGCGCAUGCACCUGUUCACGGGGAUCCAGCUGGUGUGUCUGGCAGCGCUGUGGGCGGUCAUGUCCACCGCGGCUUCGCUGGCAUUCCCCUUCGUCCUCAUCCUGACCGUGCCCGUCAAAUGGUUCCUAUUGCCCCGCAUCUUCACCACGCGCGAGAUGCAGUGUGUAAGUCUCCCCCCCCCCCCCCCCACACACACACACACACACAAUCUAGCACUGUUGCCACCGCCUAAAAGAGUUAGGGUUUUAUUGGAUUUAGUUUACAGUUGGAUGUUGCUUCGGGGGCCUUUGCCUGGGAAAUUAUCUGGGAAAGUCUGAUACCCUUUGCAGCUGAACCCUGGCCAUAACAUGACCCUUGACUUCUACCCCUGGUCUCUCUUUAUGUCUGGUCUCUCUUUGUGUCUUAGUUGGAUGCAGAUGACGCAGAACCUAAGUUUGAUGAGCGGGAGGGACAGGAUGAGUACACAGAGAUGGGGCCAACGUGA